AUGAAGACAGACUUCUCAAAAGUUUACACGGAAAAUAUAUUCAUACCAAUGUCUAGAGCUAUGAAUGAGUUCCUACUAGAAUCCAGUGAACUCGAUUCUCUGCCCAAGUACACAAGGAGGAGUCCGUACCCCGAAAGGGACAACAUCACCGUGUUUAAGAGGGUUGACCUUGAGAAGAGAGCAAUCGACAAGUGGGGGAGUUUAGAGAACCUCACACUACAGAAGGAUUUCUUGAAGAAGAGACAAGAUAGAGCCAGAAGGCGUUUGUAUCUCUUCCGUCAAUCAUUCAUUCAUUCAUUCAGUCAAUCAUUCAUUCAUUCAUUCAUUCCUUCGUCAAAAGUUGUUCUCACUGCGGUCGGAUGGUUUGUUGUUGUUGUUCUGUCUUUCAACGCGCUAAACUGCUUGAUGAAGUUGGUUGCAUGGAUGCACACAGGUUCUCACAGCAUGUUUGCAGAGCUCGUCCACUCAAUGGCUGACACAAUCAACCAGAUCAUUCUGGCCGUUGGCAUUCGGCAGUCUCUCAAAGAACCGGAUGUCAAUCAUCCUUACGGAUGGGCCAAAUUUCGAAACGUAUCCUCGUUGAUCAGUGGGGUGGGUAUCUUUUGCGUGGGGGCCGGCCUGUCCUUCUACCACGGCAUCACAGGGCUCAUUGACCCCGCUGAGCCCUCCUCUCUUUAUUGGGCCCUUCGAACUCUGGGCGGCUCAUUUUUACUGGAGGGAGGGACCUUGGUGGUUGCCCUGAGAGAGUUGAAACAUGGCAGCGAGAAGGCUAAAGUGCCGCUACCUGAAUACAUAACGAGAAGUAUCGACCCAACUACGAAUGUCGUGCUACUUGAGGAUUCAGCUGCAGUACUUGGCAUCAUCAUCGCUGGCACGUGCAUCAGCAUAACUCAGAUCACAGGACACUAUUUAGCAGACGCCAUUGGCUCUCUCCUCAUUGGCACGCUGCUUGGGGGCGUGGCUUCCUUCAUUAUCUACACCAAUACCGCAGCUCUCGUUGGAAAGUCGAUUCCAGCUGAGAGGAGGCAGGCAUUGGUGAAAGAGUUAGAAAGUGAUCGAAUGAUUAGAACUUUGAUUGACGUGAAGGCAACAGAGGCAGGCGGGAAGUUUGUGAGGUUCAAGGCCGAGGUAGAUUUCGAUGGGAAGGAGGUCACCAGGUACUACCUUGAGGAUAUCGACAUGGAGAAGUUACUGCAGGACAUAAAAGCCAUCCAAUCAGUUGAAGACGCCGAGACCUUCAUGUUGAGGCACGGUGAGAACAUCGUCGAUACGCUGGGCGGGGCUGUCGAUCGCAUUGAGAAGAAUUUGAAAAAAAAACACCCGGAGAUAAGACACGUUGAUUUGGAACAGUUGUGA